UGUUGGUUGUUGCCGAAGAAAGCGCGAUAAAACAAACGAAAGAAAUAUUUUACGGAAGAAGAAGAAAAGAGAACCUGGGGAUUUGGACGGUAGACGUACUCCAACGAAGAGAGAUCCAAGAUAAGAGUUUUUUCCACGUCUUAUGGAUUCAUGUCGUCUCUGUAUCUUCUUCUUGUAGCAGACAUAUAUUCACAUGAUUGAUUUGAAGCCCCUACUGAUGAGAUCCAUCGAUCAUCGUCUAAUGGAGGAAUCAGCUGAUACGUCUUCCUCUUCUUCUUCCUAUUAUUUCUCCAUUUUCACGAAUAAUCCUCUGAUUUCCGCUGUGCUAGCUUUCACCAUCGCACAAGUCAUCAAGUUCUUCACCACCUGGUAUAAGGAAAAGAGAUGGGAUUUAAAACGGCUUGUUGGGUCUGGAGGAAUGCCUUCUUCACAUUCGGCAACAGUUACAGCUCUAGCUAUGGCUGUUGGCUUGCAAGAAGGCUUCGGAGGAUCACAUUUCGCUAUCGCUUUAAUCCUCACAUCCAUUGUGAUGUACGACGCAACUGGUGUAAGAUUACAUGCUGGGCGCCAAGCUGAGGUUCUCAAUCAGAUUGUGUAUGAACUUCCUGCAGAGCAUCCCCUCGCUGAAAGCAUACCGUUGCGUGAACUUCUCGGUCAUACCCCUCCACAGGUCGUUGCGGGUGGAGUGCUUGGAAUUGCCACUGCAGUUUUUGGAUACUUGGUCACCUUGAUAGUCAAGUAGCUGAUUAACAAAGUGCAGUUAAAGCUCGCAUUUUCUGUUCCAAUAUCGUGUGUGGAUGCCACUGCUGCGUAGCUGAAACAGCCAUGACAAGCAAUGGACUCCGGAAACUGGAUUAUUUUUGUGUGUUUUUGCUGGUCGAUCUCUUUGUCAUUGACAACAUGCUAGUAUAGGUUUGAUCUUGUAAGGAAAGCAUGAAAAUGUCAUUACACCGACAUACUAGUAUAGGUUUGAUCUUGUAAGGAAAACAUGAAAAUGCUGAUUUUCU